AACUUUAACAAUGACGCUACAAGAAGAAAUCCAAAAUUUAAGUACACUUUUUGCAGAAACUGUUCAAAAAAUUUCUGCACUUGAAGCUAAAUAUAAAAACCCUUCUGGACUUCUAAUAAUUUCUAAACCAAAAUUAAAAAAAGAAUAUUCGAAAUAUUUUGGUGAAAAUAACUGGGCCUAUUACGAAGCUAUAAAGCAAGUUAUGCAAGAUAGAA